AUGCGGCGCGGCGCGGCGGCGGCUCUCGCGCUCGCGACGUCGCGCGCGGCGCGUCCGCGGGCGUCUCUCGGCGCGACCGCGUCUUCGUCGUCGUCGUCGUCGUCGUCGUCGUCGAUCGCGCGAGGACUACUCCGGGAAUCGUCGUCGUCGUCGUCGUCGUCGUCGUCGUCGUCGUCGUCGUCGCUCACGUCGAUGGUGCUCUACCGCGACGACGACGUCCUCGUCUUGAACAAACCCUCGGGGCUUCCCGUCGUCGGCACGGGCACGGGGAACGCAAACGCGGCGGCGCCGUCGCUGUCCGCGAUGCUCGCGUCGCUGACGUUCCACGCGGACGCGCCCUGGAAGCCGCCGCUGACGAUCGUCCACCGACUCGACAAGGACGCGAGCGGGUGCGUCGUCCUCGCGAGACGCGCGGUGGCGGCGAGGACGCUCGCGCGCGCGUUCGCCGCGAAGUCCGCCUCCGGCGGGGAAGGCGCGCGGGAGGAGGAGGAAGAGGGCCUCCUCGGCGGAGGUCGCGCGGAGAGCGACGCCCUAUAUAAUAUAGAGCGCACGUACUGGGCGCUGGUCGCCGGUCGCCCGUCGCGAGACGAAGGCGUGAUACGCGCGCCGCUUCGCAUCCCCGGGAAGAGGAAUGGGAAUACGAAACGACGAGACGGCGGCGUCGUGUUCUUCGCGGACGACGCGACGGACGAACGACGCGCGCGGCUGCCGCGACCGCCGGACGUCGCGCCCGGCGGCGGCGGCGGCGCGAGCGAAGGCCGCGUCGAGGCGACCACCGAGGACGACCCCCGCGGCGUUCGCGCGGUGACGUCCUACCGCGUCAUCGGCGAGGUACCGCGAGACGCAGACGGCGACGACGGCGACGAUGACGAAAAAGUAACGCACCCGAGACCGACGUUACUGGAGCUGACACUCUCCACGGGGCGAAAGCAUCAGAUUCGCGUGCACCUCGCGUCCGCGCUCGGCACGCCCGUCGUCGGCGAUUACAAGUACGGGUAUCGAGACACGCCGCGGACGCGACGCGGGCGCGAGAUCGCGCCGCCGGCGUGGAUGGAAGCGCUCAGGGACGUGGAGGCGGCGGCGCGGCGCGGGAGCGGUACGAUCAGGGAUCCGGCGUCGGCGGCGGCGUGGCGCGCGCGUCGGAGUUUGGCGUUGGCAGACGACGACGGCGGCGGCGUGCCGUUGCACCUGCACGCGCGUUCGCUUCGGUUUCCGAAGCCGAGCGGCGGGGACGUCGUGCGCGUCGUCGCGCCUUUGCCGCCGCACUUGGCGUCCGCGCUCGAGCGGCUGGGGGUGAAGGUAUCGGUCGAGAACGGAUUCCGUAGGCGUUAGGUAGUAACAACUUAUUAGUCGGGUAUGUCAGGUAACCUACUAGAACCUUUUCGGGACGCGUCGCAUACUUCCGUCGGCGCUUCUUCGUUUAUCAUAGGCGUCGCGUCGUCACGGACGACGGACGGGACGGCGGCGUUCGUUCUCUAGCUAGGAUCGCUAGUUUGUGUAUCGUCGUUCAGUGGCGUCGAUCACGAUUCCUCCGCGGUCGCGAGGCGCCCUCGUUUCGUCGCGCGCGACGGCCGCGCCGCCGCCGCCGCCGCGCGCGACGGCCGCCCCCUCCCCCUCUUCGCCGCGGGCGCGGGCGGCGACAUCUCCGCUGGCGGCUCCACCGGCGCCGCCGGCGGCAUCGCCACCGACUCGGGCUCCGACUCCGGGACGACCCUCCGGUCCGACCCCGCGCCGCCGCCGCCGCCGCCGCCGCCGCCCGCGUUGGACCGCGGCGGCGGCGGCGCCGACGGCGGGUACGCGGCGUCCUCCUCCGCGGCUCUCGUCGCCGCCUCGCGCAUCCCCUCCCGCAACGCCGCCGCCGCGUCCUCGAUCGCGCGCGCGUGAUCCUCCAUCGCGCGCGUCCGCGCCUCCAUCUCGCGCGCGCGCGUCAGCGCUCGCGUCUCGCCGUCGCGCGCCGCCGCCGCGGCGGCGCGACACAGUCGCUCGUCGUUCUUCAAGUCGUCGUACUCGCGUCGCAUCCGCGCGCGAACCGCCUCCUCUCGCUUCGCCUCCUCCCUCCGUCCCUCCGCGUCCUUCUUGA